AUGGCAUCAUCAUCUACUAAUGAAAAUUCCUAUGAUUAUUAUACAAUUAUUCAAAAUGAAUUAUAUAUCACUAUUUGUCCUAUUUUAAUUGGCAUUGGUAUUAUAGGUUCUACUUAUUUAAUUGCAUUUAAUAUUUCGAAUUUUCUAUCAUUAAUAUUUGGUUUAUUACCACCUGUUUUAUCAUAUUCAAUUAAUUUCGACCUAUCAUCUUCCAGUGUGAUCUAUUGCAAAUUUCGAUUUUAUCUCUCAACAAUAUUUAGUACACUUUCUCCUAUUUAUCUAGUUCUAGCAUCUAUUGAUCGAGUACUUAUCACAUCAACAAAUGCAUUACUACGACAACGAAGUACAUGUUCCUUAGCGUAUUGGUCUAUUGGUAUUACUGCAAUAAUUGGUUUACUCUUUUAUAUCCAAAUUUUUGUACGUGUUAAUAUUCAAAAAAUUUUCACAGGUGUUUACUUUUGUUAUUAUGAUUCAGAUAUCAUCUAUGGAAUAGUUUUUGUAUACAGUAGACUUCUAAUCAAUGGUUUAAUACCAACAUUUUCUAUGAGUGUAUCUGCUAUACUUACAUUGAAAAAUAUUAAUCAAUUACGUAUAAAUCCAACAAUAAGAAUAAAUAAUCAGUUAUCAAAAGAUCGUCAAUUAACUGUUAUGCUUGUUAGUGAAAUAGUUAUUUACGUACUAUUUAAUUUUAUGACACCAGUUACACUUAUUUACUUUCAAAGUACUCAAUAUCAAAUGCAAACUAUUCAACAACAAGCACUCAAUAGUUUUCUAAUUGGUGUUUCAUUCUUUUUAUCUUAUAUACCAGUUUCAAUCAAUUUAAUAGUAUCAAAAUCAUUUCGUCAAAAUAUUAUUAAAAUGUUCUCCAAAAUAUGUGGCUUAUGCUCUGUACAAUAUAAUAGAGGGCGAAUGAUCAAGCCGGCUGCAACAGUACAUCCUUCGUUUAUACAUUAA